AUGGCCCGCACCAAGCAGACCGCCCGCAAGUCCACCGGCGGCAAGGCCCCGCGCAAGCAGCUCGCCACCAAGGCCGCCCGCAAGAGCGCGCCUGCCACGGGCGGAGUGAAGAAGCCGCAUCGCUACAGGCCGGGAACCGUUGCCCUGAGGGAGAUCCGCAAGUACCAGAAGAGCACGGAGCUGCUGAUCCGCAAGCUGCCCUUCCAGCGGCUGGUGCGCGAGAUCGCGCAGGACUUCAAGACGGACCUGAGGUUCCAGAGCAGCGCUGUGCUGGCGCUGCAGGAGGCGGCGGAGGCGUACCUGGUGGGCCUGUUCGAGGACACCAACCUGUGCGCCAUCCACGCCAAGCGCGUCACCAUCAUGCCCAAGGACAUCCAAUUGGACAACUCGCGGCUCUGCGGCUCCAAGGCACCGCUCUCAGGCUUAAAGGCACAAACCCACCUUCCCCCUUCUGCGGAAGUUCUCCGUGUCGCGCGGCGCUCCACGGGCCAAUCGAUCAGCUUCUUGGGUAUCAGGGCGCCUGUCCAGCCGCACGGCCGGCGCAUCUGCCAAUCAACCUACCGCCCGGGAGGGCGUCCGUGUGGGACAGGGCCGGUCGCCAUGUGCCGCCUCCUGGCCUACGUGGGGGACCCCAUCCUCCUGGCGCACCUGGUGCUGUGGCCGGACAGGUCCAUCAUCAAGCAGUCGUACGACGCGCAGGAGCGCAAGAUGAACCCCUCCCUGCCCUCGCACCUGUGCCACGGCAACCUCAACGGCGACGGCUUCGGAAUCGGGUGGUACUCCCAGGAGGGCAGCGACACCUCGCCGUGUGUCUUCACCAGCGUCACACCAGCGUGGAACAAUGACAACCUAGCACGGCUCUCCCGCAAGAUCACAUCGCAACUUAUAUUCGCCCAUGUGCGCGCUGCCUACCCAGGCAUGCCUGUGAGCGAGCAGAACUGCCACCCCUUCAUGUGGGGCAGGUACAUGUGGAUGCACAAUGGAGUGGUGGGAGGAUUCUCAAAGAUCAAGCGGCGGAUUGUGGCGCUGCUGUCGGACGAAGCAUACAAUACAGUGGCUAGCUUCCACUCGGACUCCGCAGCCUCCUUUGCUCUGUUCCUGCAUCACCUCCCCAGCAUGACGGCACCUCAAUCACCAGAUGUGCUCCUGCAGGCCAUGCAGAGGACCUUGGCAUCCAUCGCCUCUGUGCAGGAAGAGAUGGAGGCGACCUCUGAGACGUCACUGCUGAAUUUCGUCGUGUCAGACGGCAACACUGUGAUCGCUACACGGUAUGUGUCGCCAGACACGGAGGAGCCUGCAUCACUGUACUUUGCCGAAGGUUCAUCCUUUCAGCGAGAGAUGCCUGCUCAGGAGUCUUGUGACGAGUCCCCCACCAUUUCCAGCAUUCAUGGAGAGAGCCAAUACGAGCUGACCUACGGUGUGCGCGGCACCUGUGUUGCCAUCGUUGCCUCAGAGCCCAUCACAGGCUCCAGGUCAGAUUGGGUGGCCGUGCCCAAGAACACAUGUGUGGUGAUAUCAAGGGAGAAAUCUGGCUUUGUGAACAUCAUGAAGACACCAAGGACGUGCGAUGGACAGGAAGAAGUAUCUCGCUGCCUGGAGGCUGUCAGCCGGGGCAUCGGAGUGACAGCAAGGCAAUGGACUUUCAGGGAUGGGCGUCAAGGAAGUGUUGGCUCAGAUGCUGAGUCAUGCAUGAUGGUCGACAGACCAGAUCACAACUUGACCGGUCACACAGCUGCAAUACUCUACAUGGAGCUAGAACCCGAGGGCAAGCGUCUGUUUUCAUCAUCUGCUGAUGGCACGAUUAAGGUCUGGGAUGUGGAAACUUGCACACUGUUAGCAACUCUGGAGGGCCACGGGAAGCCUGUCUUGAAGCUUGCGGUGUACGGCAACCACCUGUACUCGACAGGGGGCAGCAGGAUACGUGUAUGGGACCUCAAGACCUACAGAUGUGUGUACUUGGGCCACGUUGUCCCAGGCUCAGGUGCCCUGAGAGCUCUUGCAGUUUCGAAAGGGACUAUCCACGUCGGUGGGCAGGAUUCUAUUGUCAAGAACCUACAACCAGACAGCCUCAACUUCGGACCCGAUACCGUGGACGAAGAGCUGGUCACAACAUCAAGCUCCAGUGGCAAGUGGAGCCACCUGAGUGCCGUGCACUCUAUAGAGACCUGCGGAAAGUACAUCUGCAGUGCGGGUGGCGAUUCAAUGAUUCGUGUGUGGAGGGCGGACACCCUGGAGCACGUGCGGGUCCUGCGGGGCCACAGGGGCAGCAUACUCACGCUGAAGGGGAUGGACAACUUGCUGUACAGUGGAGGAAGGGACAACACUGUCAGGGUAUGGGAUAUGGAGGCGCUGUUGUGCAGAAGGCUGCUGGCUGGUCACAAGGACGACAUCACACAUAUUUCUGCUUACCAUGAGCCAAGGAAGGAUGCUUCUCUGGGCAAGCACCGACACACUCCAUCCUUGCAUCAGAUGGGCCACGCAUGCUUUGUUGCAUCAGCAUCAGCGGACUGCACUGUCAGGGUGUGGUGCCCUGCCACAUGGUCCUGCAUCCUGAUCGUCAACCUCAGGACCCCUGGCCCAGCGGCCGGCCCCACCUAUGUCCCCAAUGGCUACUCGUCAGAUGCAGCCCCCCUGGCAGUGGCUGUCAGCAAGCAACACAUCAUCACAGGGACACGAAAUGGCAUGAUCAGCCUGUGGUCAGGGGAGGAUUUGAGCAAGAAGCUGCAAAAGAUCGCCUCAGGUGAGAUUGAGGCCCAGAUCCUGAAUGGGAAAGAGUUGUUGGAGUCAGUGGACAGCGGCUCGCUGGAGGGGUCCACGGGGGAUCUGGUGGCUUUGGAGAAGAGGCGGCUGGAGAGGGAGCUGGGCAACCUGCUGCGGGAGUUUGUGGCUAUAAGGACGAUUAGCGGCAACAUGUGCUGCAAGGAGGACUGCUUCAAGGCUUCGAAAUUUGUGGCACGGCUUCUGGAGAACCUGGGGGCGGAAGUGAAACUUGUCCGCGUCCUAGAUGACAAGAACCCCGUUGUGAUCGGCAGGCUAGGCCAGAGGCAGGACCGACCCACUGUCACUUUCUAUGGCCACUAUGACGUGCAGCCCGCAUCAGAGCCCCAGUGGCGGACAGACCCGUUUGAGGUCCACGCUGUUGACGGAUACCUGUAUGGGCGUGGCGUAUCGGACAACAAGGGUCCGAUCCUUGCGUUCAUCCAUGCUGUGAGGGAGAUGCUGGUGGAGUCCAAUGGCUGCGAAGGCUUGCCAGUCAAUGUCGCGUUUUUCUUUGAGGGCGAGGAGGAGAACGGGUCCAAGGGGACAGUGGAGGCGCUGCAGCAGAACCUGAGGUGGUUUGAGGGGACGGUGCUCACUGUCAUCAGCAAUUCCCAAUGGGUGGGAGAAAACGUGCCAUGCCUGACAUAUGGCAUGAGGGGCAUGGUGUCGCUCAAUCUGGAGGUACGGGGUCCGAACCGCGACUUGCAUUCUGGAAACGACGGAGGCGUGUUCAAUGAACCAAUGGCAGACCUCAUCAAGGUGCUUUCCACCCUUGUGGACAGCCAGAACAACAUCCAGGUGCCGCACUUCUAUGACGGUGUGAAGCCCUCCCUGCUGGAUGCCGCUUGGCAGAGCCUCAAGGACUCCAACGAAUUCGCCCUUGACGACUACAAGGAGGCCCUGGGCGUGCCAGCUCUUACGCCACAGGGGUCCAAGCACCAGCUGCUGUCCGUCCGGUGGUGCCAGCCGACGCUGUCCAUCGUCGACGUCUGUGCCAGGCCUGUGGAUUCCGAGGGUCCCUGCAGCUACCACCGAUUCGGCCCGACGCGAUUCUCCGUCAUUCCCCAUGCAGUGGUGGGCAAAGUCAGCAUGCGCUUCGUGCCCAAGCAGGACAAGGACGCCAUGGCGAGCUGCCUAACGAAGCACGUCGAGCACGAGUUUGCCAAACUGCGCUCCAAGAACAAGAUCAGCAUUGCAGUGGUGACGGCCGGAGACUGGUGGGAGGCCAACUUGGAGUCCAAGUUCGUCAAGAUGACGGAGAGGGCAAUCCGAAGAGAGUGGGGCCAAGACCCGCUCUACGUGCGCGAGGGCGGCACCAUGCCCCUGACAUCCACCUUCGAGAAGGUUCUUGGCGCCCCUGCCAUGCACAUCCCCAUGGGCCAGGCCUCUGACAACUGCCACUUGGCCAACGAGCGUAUCCGGUGGGCCAACCUGCUGUGCGGCAAGAACGUCAUACGGCACCUACUGGAGGAGGUCGGUGCCCUGUAG